AUGUCAUGCAAAGUUAAUGAACAGUUGGAUGAGCUUCGACUUGUUGCCGAUAUUUUAGACACACUCGCAAAGACAGAACAAAGAUUACGCCCAGAUCAAGUAACUCCUAUAACGGAAAGGAUCCGACGUGCCGUGGAGAAUAUAGAAAAGUCAUCUACAGAGAAGAGGCUACAGGUAUACAAGGAUUUCAGUGAAAGGGACCGUUCCCGGCGUGCUGACGGUUUGCCUGAUAUACCUCAACAGGGCAGGCAACCAUCUGCCCAAUGCCGUGCAAGUUCAACAAAAAAAUUUGUAGUUACAAAACCUUCAAGUAUCAGCGCAUUUCCCGUGCCAAGAGCAAAAUGCCCACAGGGGCAACUAGCGGUAUCAAAAGAGGUUUCACGCUACCUGGCUUGUACGUUGUAUAAUAUUCUCGAAGGCGCAACAAGGCUCCUAAAAGCGUCUACAGCACAUAUUUUUGUUCGUAAGGGGGAUGAAAUGGUAUCAAUUGCCAACUGUUCUGCUAAGCUUUCCUUUCCCCCACAGUUAGUUCGUCACAGGUGUUUGGGGUCCGCGGAUGCGGAAGUCUUGGCAAGUGGAAUCGCUUUUAACCAGCAUAUCACAGAUGGUUCGAAAACAACAUCGAGUUUGCUUAUUUUCCCUGCCCUUGCCCGUGAUCCACCGUUUGCAGGGGCUUUGGCCGUGGUUCAUGUGGAGAAUAAAUUGCAGGGAAGUGUGACAUUUGAUGGAGCGGAUGAAGGAAUUCUCCUUACAGCUGCUCAAUUAGUUGGUGAGUUGAUGUCACGUUUCCCACAAAUGGAUUGGAUUGUAAACUUCUAUGACCCUGCCACGCAACAUAUUUUAGCUCCUUUUGAACCCCGAAAAAGGGUCCCCAUGUCACGUGGGAUGACGUCUCGGGACCAACAGGCAUUUAUUACGGAAACACCUAACGAUGCUGAAUUAAAUUCAGAUGCCAUCUACUGGAGAAAAGUUGAGGAAUAUGAGUCGCCACUGUUGAUACGACGGGAAGUUCUGCCCCGUUUAGCUUCUCAAAAGCCUUUAGCCCAGGGCCUUUCGUCGGUUCCCACCUUACGUGAGGUUGAUGCUUAUGUAGAGAAUAUCCAUAGCUGCUGGAAGCGUAGUGUAUCCAGCAAUGUUGCACUAUCAGAGGAAGAACGUUCCAACCAGAUUGAGUUGAAGGUGGCACGCCGUGAGUUAACUCGAAUGAAGGCGCUUUACGAAGAUGCUGCAGAACAAUUGCGAUUAUAUCGUCUGGAAGGCCGAGACUACGAAGAGGAGUUUCGUAGCAUCAAGGGGGAGCUUGAUGCCUAUGUACGAAAGCGUGACAAAAUGGACGUUCUGUAA